AUGCAUCGGGCAAAGGAUAGUGUUGACGGCCAUAGUCAAGCUGUCAAGAGAGUCGACGUAUUGAGACAGGGAAUUCGAGAGGAGACCCCAUCGCCGGCCACCAAGAAGCUAGCGGCUGUGGCUUUCGGAGAGACGGAAAGGAAGCACAAGAGGCUCGAUCGAGGAGCUGACCACGGGGUUGACGAGACCGGCCUAGACUCCAAGCAGGAGGGUCGACAGGCCGGAAAGGCGGGAAGGGAACCCACGGCAGCUCGCGGCUUCAGAGUCCCUGCCGGGGGGCCCAAUCCUCAACGUGCAUUCAGGGUCACGCAGCCGUCGCGCAGCCCUGCUAUUUUAGCUCUGGCCGUCAGCCGUGGAUGCGGUUGGCGGGCCGGUUCCAAGCGAGGCCAACUGAAGAGCCAGCCGGGUCGCGUUUGCCCAUCUUGCUGGCAGUUUCGCCUCGGCCGCCUCACCAGAGGCCGACUGUCAUAUGCUGCUCGGUUGCGGGCGCACAGACGGCCCAUGCCCUCGCGCGAGCCAUCUGCCCAUUUGCACGCCCGUAAAGACCAUGUGCCUUUGCAGAGAAAGGCAUAUUAG